UUCGUACAUGCGUAGAAAAAUAAGCUACCUACUCUGCAGCAAUGCUGCUGCAUUGUGUUCGGUGUUGCUAGGCUAGAAUACGGUUUAAAAAUGCGUCGCAAAAAUUAACCAACGAUUUGCAUGUUAGAUAUCUUUUUAUGAUACUGAAUUGCAUGAAUAGGAUACAGGGAUCCCACUUCCUUCUCGGGGAGUUACAAUCCCUCAAAUCUUCUGAAAAUGAAGCACUUGAUCACAGAAAUCAUGAAAGGCAUAGUCUUGGGCUUCUGGCACAGCCUGCGUGGGUUUUACCGAUGGUAUUCUUAUGACCAGCCCAAGCUUGGUAUUGCAUCUCAAAGAAGAGAUGGCUCUGAAUUGGAUACCUCAACACAUCAGACAAGUCAACCCCUCACAAGCCUGGCCCUCAAAAAACUCCAUUCCAAAGAGCAACAUCACACUUCAUCAGCUGAUGCAACAAAUAAAAAGCCAAAGCUGGGUACGACACUCUACGUGACCAUGUCCUACAACAUCCCCUUGGUCCUGGGCUAUGUUGUAUGGGCUGUUCUCAAAGUGUUACCGUACAGGCUGGUGUCAUCAGACUACUUCUUCUUCUGCAACCUCCUGAACAUAUUCAUGCAGCUCUGCCUGUUCCUCUCCCGACUCUUAUUUGCCAAGCUCAUCAAUGUCCUGCUUCAAAAUCAAACUGCAGACCACGUGUAUAAGCAAGCCUUGGGUCGCACAAGGGCCACAGGAUAUGCUCGUACUGGCAGCGACUUGUACGCGACCCUGCAGCUCCAGAUCAUCUAUUACCUUUCGCUGUCCGUGGCAAGCAUGAUGCUGGCGUGGUUUGGUGUGAUAGGCCACGUGGUGUCCGUGUUCCUGUCAACGCCGUACUGGUCGCUGUACUCCUUCGACUACUGCUGGUACUACCUGGGCGUGCCCUUCCAAGACCGCCUCACGUACAUCGAACGCAACUGGCCUUAUUUUGUUGGCUUUGGGCUGCCUCUUGCUCUCAUUGAUAUCUUCAUGCAUCCACUUUUUAGCUCGUCCCUGCCUCUGUUCCUGCUCCCAUUCUUCAUCAUCAGCGCUGUGGAGGCCACAGCUCUUGGCAAUAAAGACCUCGUAUUCUCAGGGAGCGCGCUGCACUUCUUCAGCCUGCCCAUCUGGCUGUCAGAUGCCCUGCACGGCGGGCUGGUGGACCUGCCCCGCGUCGUGCAGCGCUGCGUGCGCUGGUACCUCGGCGCCGCCCCUGCGACCACAGGACGCUCCUCCUCGCAGGACUCCACCAGCCGCGCCUCCACGCCCCUCCACCCCAGCACCAGGGACGUGUCUCGCUCGUCUCACUCGUCGUCAGUACGGCGGUCAGUGACGCCCGACGUGAGUGUCGGGGCUGGGGGGCGUCGGCCCCCCGAUUCCCGUGGAGGUGUCAGGACGCCUCUUGUUGAAGAGUCACCGCCUGAAGCUCCUGCCGCGCGACCCUUGACGCCUAGCCAGCAUCUGAAGGUGGCGUCGUGGCUGCGUGAGAGCGCUGCUGCUCCUCAAGGUGCGCAGUCAUCGGACGCGUCGCCCUGGCUGCGCGCUGCCUCCAGCGCCCCCCGACCACCGCCCUCGCUGUCGUCCACGCUCACCGCCGCCACCGCCGUCGCCCCCACCGCCCGCCGGCGCAACCUGCGAUCGCCCACUGGACAAGAUUUGUACUGAAAUUAUUACGGAACUAAUCUCUACGUAGGAUCAUAUGGCUUGUAGCGAAACUUAAUUUUUUAGCUUCCCUGAAGUAUGAGAACUUCGAUCGUUUCAAUCAGAAUGAAGUUUUUAUUGUAAGUAAGUGAACUAAGUAUCUUAAUAUUGUAUGUGUUGUUAAAUUUCGAACGUGACGUUAGACAGCAGACUUUCAGAAACUGUUUAUCUCUAUGCUGGGUCUAUUUGUUUUAUAAAGUGAAGCACAUUUUUUUUAAUGUGUCAAAGCUUCCCUAAUUGGAAUGUUAAUUUCUUCCAAGCACUCAACGAGGAAAACUUUUAUGAUGUCAGUAUUUUUUUCCAAUGAUGUAUUUUUUGAGGUGUAAAUAUUUUGCUGCUUCCUGAUUGAGUGGGAUCAAGAUUUGACCCCACAAGAUGCAAUUUUUUUUUGCCAAUGUGGCAUCUUAAAGUGUUAUAUAUGAAGUACGCUCUCUUGAACUGGACGACCGAGAUGUCUUUUAUUGGUACGAAUGCUCCGCUGUUGACUGUCCCAUGUGUGCCCACAAAUUUCAUGUCACAUAUGAUGACUGUCAAACAAAAAUUUCUUCUACUGCAGCGCACUUCUACUAAACCACAUCAACGCGACAUUGAUUCAUUUUUUCUUUGCUGAUAUCUGAUCCUAAUAGCAAUGUUUGAUGCGUUUUUGCUAGCGUUUUUAUUGCGAGUUGGUUUGUAAUAACGACUGUUGUGAUAAACGCUAUUUUUCCUAAUGUUGAUGACAGUCUUAUGGUCAAUUGAUCCCAUACUAUAACAACUGAAUGCUUUUAUGUACAUUAAAUUUUCGUACCAUGUC